AUGAAGGACGACAGAAUAUCUGAAUUGCCACAGCCGAUAUUGCACGAUAUACUCGAUUGCCUCUCCCAACAAGAAGCCGUUAGAACUUGCCUACUGUCCAAAUCAUGGCGCUAUCUUGGCUCCACACGCCCCAUUUUCGACAUGCGAGAGAUCGAGUUUAAAGGAAGCAAACAAGAGUUUAUCAACGUCCUCGAAAGGUACUUACAACUAUACUUGGAUCACAAGAUUUGCCCGGAAAGAUUCGUCGUGUGCAUGUCGACGCUCGAUGCCGAGUCGAUUUCGUUUCUCGACAAGUGGACACCGAUUCUCGUACGGGACCUGUGUGUAAAGACCUUUUCUCUGUUUCUCGACUGGCAUGCAAAAAACACGCGCUUUGAUCCGCCCUCUAUAAUUUUCGAAUCCGAGUCCCUCCAAUAUUUGACUCUUCAAUACAGCAACUUGAACCGCGUUGAUAUUCCACUGUCGUCGUCAAUUCAUCUAAAAAAACUCUGCCUUUUUGACGUUAUUAUUACGGAGGAAAUUCUUGAGAAGAUAAUAUGUAGCUGCCCGUUGAUUGCAUUGGAGCUUAAGGAAUGCGUAGGGCCAAGAGCCAUCAGAAUCGAUAAACGGGCUCGCCAUCUCAAGCGAUUUGAAUGCUCUGUUUCAUACUACGUCAAUGGGUCCCCGAGUCUUGAAAGUGACGUCCCAUCUCUUGAGGAAAUCAAUGUUGGUAGGUGUUCGAAUUGGUAUCACGACAAGAAAACCUAUUUUCCUCAUCUCAAGUCUUUAAUUAUAUCUUCUGUGAGACUCUCUACAGAGUCAUUCGGCUUCUUUUCGCAUAACUUCCCUUGCCUGGAAACUCUAUCCUUGAAAUUUUGCUAUGGCUUUGAGGAAUUUGAGCUGUCUAGUUGUUCAAUCAAGAAAUUUGAGUUGUCUAGUCAUGAUGUGUCGUUGAAAAGGGUUGUUAUUGAUGUGCCAAGCAUAGUCAUGUUUAAGUAUGGUGGUCGUGCUCCCGAAUCAUUUUCUUUCACGACAACUUCCGAAAAGUGGAAAUCGGAUAUAACCCUGAGGCAUGAUCUUUUGUUCGAUGAGACUUCACCAAGGUUGGGCAAAGUAGGUCAACUGCUCAAGGCAGUAAGCAGAUCCGAAAUAUCUCUAGAUAUUAGGGAGCUCAUGAUAUCUUCGCGUUUGGUCUCGUCUCUUAUGGAUAUUUUAUUUUGCAUUUGUCGUCCGAGAAUUAUACAACGGUCUCUUGUUGUUGGCCCUGAAUCCAAAUGUAAGAUUCGGAAGGGGCGCAACAAAACAACAAAGUUGAUGUGCAAGAUCCUGGGAAUGGAGAAGGGAGAAUUUGAAAGUGGCCGAAUAACAAGGGGCCAUCAUUGGCGACAAGAUCUUGAGAAAGUAAUCUUUGAAACACGACAAGUUGAGAAUGUAAUCGUUGCAACAUCUGAUGAAAACCGGAAAAAAUGGCGUCCUGUCCUUGAGAGAAGUUGGUCGGAAUUUUGGGAAGCAUUAUUGCCAGAGGAUUUUAAGUGGGUGCAGCAUUUCAUGCGCUUUCGAUUGAGCUGGAGAGAAUAA